CUUUAUUCCCUAUCCAAACAUGGCGCCCGUUGCUGUCGUCAGGUGUUUUCUUUGCGUACAAAAGUUUUAAUAUGUAAAUGAUUGCAGAACAUUUGCCAAUGGGGCAAUAGAGCAGAACGGUAAUAAUUUUGUUGCUCUCUCGUUCGAUGAAUAAUACAUCGCUGCGUAUUUUCCGCUUGCGGCCAAAUGUUAUGUGCGGUCAUCCGGUGAUCUCACCCACUCUUUCCAUCUUGUCGUGUAUCCGUCGAUUCUGCUUGUUUUGUUGAAUGUUAUUUGAUGGAGUUGACGCCUUCUUGCGGAUUUUGACAUCAACAGAAGAAGACAAGCAGUGGAACCGAUUGGCCGGUAACUUUUCGUCUUUUUAAUGUGGUUUGUUCCACACUACAUUAGGCAUCAAUCGCUUCUCUUUUUCUUUAAAUUAAGCCUAAAUGACAUAAAGAUAAUGAGUUUAUGAAGCUGAAAAUUGCCUUCGGUUUGUGAGUUUUUCCGUCCAUUUGUUCACUUCAACGAUAUUUAGUCGCCGUAAUGCUCUCGAUGGGCGAGCAUGACAAGGCAAAGAGCUAGUUUUAGCCAAUUAAUUCGUUUAGUGCGAAUCCCUAAUUAGACUUAUACGUGUAGUUAUUCUCACGAUAUCUUUUACAAAAGCCUCUACUGAUCAGCGAAUUUUUGUGUCGACAAGUGAAAGUUAACCUGAGUUAACUUAGAGGACUCUAGUGAGUGCAUUGGAAGCAAAAACUUGAAAGAAGAAACAUGCUUAUUCUUUGAAGACAAGCUGGCCAUCAUAAAGUUGACGUGUAAUUCUCAUGUCUAUAAAAGAAAACCUUUGUACAUAGUAAAGUUAUAUAUCGUUCAAAAUCUUAACUAAAAAAAUUGAGAUUUAUAAUAAUUAUAAAUGUCACAUGAGAAUUUUUAUUAUAACAGCCUACACAACCUGUCUGAUUUACUUUCAUUCUUAACCAUUGACCUAGACCUCUGCUUGAUCUUUAUCCCUGAAGAUGUAAAAAGAAAACUUGGCCAGUAUCUAUCUACCUUGACCUUGUGCUUGGUCAGUAUGUCUUACAGGCCCCAGUUGUUCAAAAGGUGGAUUUUGCUAUCCACCGGAUAAAUCACUAUCCAGUGGAUAGUGCAAUUGGUUUCCCUAAUAUUUAUCAGGCCCUGGUUGUUCAGUGGAUAGUGCAAUCGGUUUCCCUAAUACUUAUCCGUUGGAUAGUGAUUUAUCCGAUGGAUAGCGCUAUCCAACUUUUGAAAAACUGGGGCCUGCUGGAUAGUGAUUUAUCCAGUGGAUAGUGCUAUUCAAUGUUUGAACAACCACAGCCUGUUCUUUAACAAUCACUGUGUUUUCAAUCUUUCAUUUGCAAGUUACAGCUGUAAACAGGUGCAUUGAUGACGUCCCUGCCUGGCAGCAUUGGCUGGUCAAUAACAGGUGACAAGACCCUUGAUUUUGCCAGAAACCCAGCUGAAUUUAUUCAAAAGAACAUCAAGACAUGCAAGUCAAGAGUGUUUCAAGUACGGGCUCUAAACAGGCCACAUGCUCUUGUAGCUUCAAACCAGGGAGUCAAGGAGAUUUUAGAAGGUAUUGAAGUUAAAAUAUUUAAAUAAUAUUUUUUCAAUUACUGAGCAAUUUCCCACACACUGACUGGUUGAGAGCCAUAUUUGAUGAGAUUAUAGACCUGAAAUAAUUUCAGGUCUAUAUUGAUGUGAUGUUUUGGCAAUUUGUUUUCUGUUUCUUUGAUUUCACAAUUUUCUGAGAAGCUGACUGAAAUGGACAUCGAAAACUGUCAAUGUUAUUGUAAAGGACAAAGUGACAACAAUUUUCCAUGGUUUAUACUCUUAUUGACCAUAGAAAUCACUUCAAAUUAUUCAAAACUUUGCAGUGAAACCACUCGCCUGCAACUUGCUAUUGGUUCAAAUUAAGUUUUGGACAUUUUGACAUCAUUUCAGAUCAAUGGUUGAUAAGUUGAUUUGUUAAUUAAAAUUUACCUGAUUAUUGUUUUAAAGUGAAAUGCUUUGGAAGGUUCAUGUUCAUUUUCAAAGACCAUGUGCUAGCAUGGAUCUGCCUGCCAAAGUGGCAAUUAUAAUAAAAAAUUUGCCUGCCUAUAGUCGCUCAGUGGUUAGAGCAUCCAAACUAGAACUUGGAGGGUUGUGAGUUUGAAACUUUUUUCUGACCUUUCUGAUGUUGGAUUCCUCCCUUUCCAAAUUAUAUUGAACAGUCUUGGUCUUGUACGCUGGUGGACAGCUCAGAUAAUGUCCCCAAUAAAGUCCACUAUGACUGACAGGAGUGUACUUCCAUGGUUUUACAAAUUGUGACAUGCACCAUUUAGGGAAAAUCCAUCAAAACCACUGGAAAAGCACCUCAGUAAACUUGCCAAGUUUGAAGGCGAUACAUCUUAAGUGAGCAAAGAUACAGCUCCGCAAAGUUGCAAAAAUUUACAGAUGUUUGUAUGGUACAAACAUCUGUAAAACUUCGUGACUUUGAUGAGUUAUACCUUUGUUAGUUUUCUACAAUGCACCCUCAAGCUUGGCAAUGUUACUAAUUUAAAGGCACUCUUUCACACGUUGUGUCAAAGUAGACAGAUUUUCCCAACUUGUCCAUGUCAAAAGUUGAAAAAAAAAAAACAUGGAAAGGUCUAUUUGACCCUGCUCACUGUAGAGCUUCCAGUGGCUCAGUAGUUAGAGCAGCGGGUCAUGAGUUUGAUUCUUACCUGGAGCUCGAAAUUUUUUCUAAGCUUUCUGGUGUUAGAUUUCUCCUUCUUCCAAAUUUCUUAUUUUCAUUCACAGAUAAGGCAGACCAGCUAGACAUGGGCUAUAAAGACUUUGGAUACAUGUACAGUUUGUAUGGAGACUUGGUAAUAUUCAACAGUGAUGAUGAGGCAUUACGGAUGAGAAAUGCCCUCCACCAUCUGUUUAGACCUGAAGAAGUGGCCCAUUUUAUGGGAGAAGUUGAGUUAGUUUCUUCUAGAUUACUAAACAGCAUUGAAGACAAGGAUAUUGUUUUUCCUUAUAAACUGUUCAAGCUUCUUACAACUGAGGUUUGUUUACGAUUAUUCCUGGGUUUGGAUGUUGAAGCUGCAAAAGGAGAAGCAGCAUCUAUUGCUGAGCUCACUAUAGCUCAUUGGCAUGGUGAGUAUUGCCAAAAUUUGGCACACAUUUCAUGUGGAUGUACUAUUGGUAAUAAAAUUAGUUAAGACUAGAGUUCACCCAAAAGGGCCUCUCUAACAUUUUGCUAACUCAGAAAAGGGAAAAUAAAGCUUUCCGUCUCCCAUUCUCUCCAUGCAAUGUUGUGCUGCUGUUCAAGCUAUCCGUAGAAAACAAAAAACACCCCAACUUUGAGUGGAGGGGAGGUGGAAGGGUUGUGGAUUGUUUUGCUCUCCUUAGUUGCCCCAUUUGAGGACAAAGUCUUAACAGUUUUAUCGCUGAUUGUAACUUUUGGCCUAGCCUGUUACUUAAAUUAGAGAAUCACAUAGCUGAGAAUGUGAUUGCAGGGCUGUCACUAACAGAGCUUUCCAUUUGUCAGAACUGACCGGCCAGCGAAUUCCCAUCGAAAAUUAUGAGAAUUUCAUUUUUAAUCAAAACUAACCAUCCAGAUCUGUCAAAUUCUAAUAUUAUGCACAAAGGGGAUGGUUUUUCAGCAAAACCUCGUGGAAAAAGCCUAUUUCAUUGCCAAAAUGUCUGGUCUGACCAUGGUCCAGCCGGCCAGUUCUGACUUUUGGAAAGUGCCCUAAGAUUUUAAGUUGCCAGGGAGAUGUAGUUAGUAGGCAGGGAAUUGAGCGACUAGGAAGGUCUUUUGGUUCUAUUUUAUUGUUGUUGUUGUUUGUAGUUUCAUAUUAAUGACAGUAGCUAGAGGUCAUGCUCAUGGUAGCUGGGAAAAAUCUCCAGCCCCCAGCUCUUAGUACAGUGACAGCCCUAUAAAUAAUUGGUAAAAUUUUAUUAAAGGCAAGUAGUGAGCAAUACAUCUGAUGUAGCUUUCUCAAGCCAACACUACAUACAAUUCAUGUAUUAAGAAAAAAAUAAAAGUGGUAUCUAAUUUUGUAAUUUUGGUUUUUGUCAUUUUUGUAUCAAAAGACGAACGAUUCAAGAGAAAAUCAUUGUUCUACUAAAUUUCACCAAACCUGCAAUAUAGAAUGACCUUUCCUGCAUUCCAGUGAACAAAGGUACCAACUUAAGGCUUAGGUUGACAAAAUACAAGUCACUCAACUCACAUCCUGGUUUUAUUGUGUGUGCUAAUUGGACAGGUAAAAUAAUUACUUAUAAGAGUCUAUUAGAGUUCAAAACUGAACUGAUGAGCUUGACCUUGGCCUUAAUAAUGAUUACUGGUAUAUUACAAUGUGUUUCUUUCUUCUCUCAUUUAAAGGACUUAUAUCUGUUCCUGUGAAUUUUAAUGUGUACGGCUAUAAAUCAGGAUACACCAAAGCAAUGACAGCAAAGGUAUAAAACAUGUAAAAUAGUCAGUUCAUUCAAUUUUUGCUCUUGUUGUUGUACCAAUACUUACCUUAUUUCAGUGCAAAAACUAUGUGCAAAGUGAUUACAUCUGCAUUAUUCUAAGGAAUUUUAACUUAAAAACAAGUUGUUGAGGUGCAAUUUACAUAAAGGCAAACUUAUGACAACUGUGAUACAUUUUGUGAUGGUUUUGAAAUAGGGUGUUACUAUAGGUUUUAUAUGUUUCAGAAACAUGUUCACCCUGCAACCUUCCUUUUGCUUGCUCAAAUUUGGUGUACUCUAGAAGGAAUCGAGGAAGAUCUUUGUUGAGCAUACACUGCAUGUUGCUGGGACACAACUUUGAACACAGGUCCAAUGGCAGUGCACUUGGUAUAGUGGCAGUGCUGUAAACCCCCACACCUCCAAAUAUUGAGAAUUGAUGGGAAAGGGAUGAUAGAUGAUGUCAUAGUGGAUGGCACAUGACAUCAUUUGUGCAAAAAAUACUCAAUAACUCAGGUCGUCACGAAUUUGCGAUGACACAAAACUUGUGAAAAAGACAUUGUUAGCAUUGCAACAUUUGACCUGAUUGGUUUACUUUCCACCAGUCACAUUGUUUAAUAUUACAAUGGCAUACCGGAGUUUAUGAGGAAACGUUCGAUGUUAACAAUAAAAUAGCUCAAACAACGCAAAGUAGUGGGCAUUUUAUUGUUGGAAAGUCAAGUCUACUGAAGAAAUGGCAAAUGCCGUUUUUAUCAGGAGAUACGGUCCAAAAUCUGGAGUCUCCCUGAUUAUCCGGGAGAGUUGACAGCUCUGCAGUAGGCUCAGUUGUGAUCAUUGGUUUAUCAGUAAGAGGCUGCUUGGCACUAAAAAAAAAACAGUUUGAUGAGAGCAUAGUUAUUAGAGGAGACUGGUUAUGAAAAGCGGCAAACAUCAAUGAUAAAAACAACAGUGCUGCAGUUUGAUGAGCACAAGAACGGAAAAAUUUGCAACGUUUUUAUUGGUCAAUACAAUCAAAAUGAUAGGAAUUCUUUUGAAUGUUGUGCACUUUCAGGUCCACAAAAACAUAUGACAAAGGAGUCUGACGGGUUUCAUAACCAUUCCACUCAAUUAACUAUGAUGAGAGGAAACAAGAUUGACUAGUCCAGAAGUUUGGAUUGCGGGCAGAGCAUCAGCUGCUCCUCCUCACUCAAGAAAUCAAAGGGAGACUCUGCUCACAGGGUGUAACAUGUGGUGCCCAAUCACAGCUAACUGUUAAAGGCCGGGGUAUCUCAGGCUGCACCCUGUGAACAGUGCCUCCUUUUGGCUUCUUCUUAAUCGAGGAGGGAAAAAGGAAGUUUCUGCCGGAAUUCUGUCAAAACUUUGAGGUCACCACAGCACGAACUGCUGGACCAGAUAAUCUUGUGAGCAUCUGUUUAGUGAUAAACUCAAUUCGCUAUACCAAGGGCAAAGCUACUAGGUCUGGUUUCAAAAAUGUAUCCUAGCAACAUGCAGUGCAUUUUCAACAAUGAUCGUACUCCAUUCAUGUGCAGAGUCUUUCUCAAGUACAUCAAAACUGAGCAAGUGGAAGUUUGCUUUCUGGAGCACCCUGGCCGGGGGCCUAAGAUAAGAUGCCCAGCUGCAACAUCUUAUAAAUUAAUGGAAAAUGGGGAAAUGGCAGUUUCAUAAUUGUUUCGUAAUGUCCAGAUGACAAUACGAGAUGGUAGAGGACCAUUUUGGUGAAGUGCAACUGGCAUCCUUUCAUGGCCUUUAUGGUAGAAUUUCACGUAUUGGACAAAUCUCAUACCCAGGUCUCAUAUGGUCAGAUAGAAACAGACAGGUUGAGAUCUGGGUACAACAUUAACUUAAGCCUCAACUGCAGGCUGGUUACAGAUAACUUCCGGCAGUGUAAACACAUGUAUGGCCACUUGAUGGAAAGCAAACUAUGGUAUUUUGGUGGGUCUCGGUCCAGUUUUAACGAUUUCUAACGAGCUGUCCUUAAAUUUCUCAUUGUCAGAAUCGUCUUUUGACCAUCAUCAAUAAACGUCUAGCAGAGGAGAAACACUGGUAAGUCAGUGAAGUGGAUGAAGUAAUCAAAGCUGACGUCGUGACUGCUGACACAUGUACUACACAUGAACACCAUGUGUUCGCCCCCAACAUUUGCCAAAAAGUAGCAAAAGUCUUUUGAAGCUAGUCAUUCACGUGGUACAAAAUCGCCAUGUUGGAGAGCAAGGACAGAAAAAACAAAGAGCUCAUUAUUUUAUACUGGUAAUUUCCUUCCUUGUCUUGUCCCAGUUUGCCCCAUCCUCUCCAGUAUUGCGGUUUUGUACCACGUGAAUGACUACAGUGUAGCUGCAAAGGGCCCAAUAGCCCUUUUUAGCUUGUAUGUUUUGUUUUUCCAAUUUAAACCACGUGAUGUUCUCCAGGGAAUUAAUAGCAACAACUAGCAAAAGGCAAGCCAGUUGGUCGUUUACAAAUGUGACCAAAGGGUUGACAAAGGCUGGGUGUGCUAAAUCAGUCAUGUUUUAGUUACAUGAAGCGUUACGAAGGAAGGAAGGAAAUUCGCUGUCGCUAUUGAGAACGCGUUCUGAGAUUAUCGGCUUCCCUGUACACUUGAGCUACGUGCAAACGGACGCAACAACUCCCAACGAUUUUGGGUCGAGUGGGAGUUGAUUGAUAAGUGUUGGCAGUGGUGUGCAAACGGAUGCAACUACUCCCAAGAAUAUGCUACAACAUACUUGCAACAGGGUGUGCAAACGGACCCAACAUGCAACAUCCAAUAAUGUAGCGUGCGUUUGCACGGGGCUGUAUUGUCACUUUAACUGUGAAUUUGUAAACAAUGAUAGCUUUUUUUCGUUUUGUUUUAGCUUUCUAAACGCCAUCAGGGAAGCAGAAUUUAAAUCCAAGGCUGAAAUGGCAAAUCACCUUUUGUUAUUUGUAUCCGCGUUGGUCCCAAAAGCCUUAGCGUCCUUGAUGACGUCAUUCUGCAUCGAACUUGCAAAACCGGAAAAUGUAAGUAAAAUAAUCGUCUAUACAAUGAAGAUAUUGUCAUCGGAUGCUUUUUAUCCAUCUUUCCCCUUCUUUUAAGUUUUUCAUUUCUUUAUGUACAACCCUCGGUAACACGCCGAUACCGACUUGAGUUAACAUGUUGGCGUUCGCUGGCUACGCAAGUGUUUGUCCUGAAUCGCCCCAAGUAAGGGAAUCCAAGAUAGUCUUGGAUUUGGAUUCCACGCCGGGAACAGUAGAACUUGGAUUCCGGAUUCCUAUCGAUAAUGGAAUUGUGGAUUCCUUGAGCUGUAUUCCGGAUUCCAAAGCCAAGGAUUCAGGAUUCCCCAGCAAUAAUUUGCAGGAUAUCGGGAUACCACAACAACAAUUUCCCGAGAUCCGGACUCCGUAUUCCCUUACAUGGAGUAACCUAAACACCCAAAGUAAAACCAAAAUCUGCACUUUAUACCCCUAGACGAGACGACGAGCAUCCAUGCCUUCUCUUUCGAGUACGUACUACUACUAUCUGUAUUUUAUUUCCUGUAAUUUUUGUCUAAUCUGCGUGAAAAAAUGUACAUUUACGUGUAGGCUAACAGCAUUUUUAUACAUUUGCAUUAUGAUUUUCUAGGUUGAAAAACGCCUUCGGGCAGCUCAAGAUGACAGAUAUUUAGAAAAUGUGCUGUUGGAAGUGAAACGACUCUGGCCGCCGUUUUUAGGGGGGCGAAGACUUGCAAAACAGGUAAGGACUGAGCUUUAUUCCUUUAAGUUUUGAUUUCUGAUACUUUAAGGAUACAUUGUUGAGUUUUCCUCUCAAUGCGUUUCGCUUCUGAGCAGCGACCCUUCAUGGACCACGGUCCAUGAAGGUGGUCCGUUUUUUAUUAAUGCGAUCGUAUCCCUACACGAUCGGAUCGAGAUUUGGUUGCCUGUGUGAAGACGUAGGGAUGUGAAUAUGAUCCCCUAAUGAAGGGCCCAUAACCCUGAGUUACUAGCAACUCCCCUACUGGGCCUAUAUCACGGCGUUUUCACGGACUGGUUUAGUUUUAGAUACACGGUUUGUGCGGCUUAGAAGAUAUUCCACUUUCUUGCCAAAAUUAUUGUAAAACAGUCGGUGAAAACGCUGUGAUAUGAGUACAUGAAAUUACUCGCUCCGGGUAAUGAGCUCCUGCCCCGGCCAAAUAUUAGGGAGCUUAAGCAACUACGACGGCGACGGCUACAAGAACGUCACUUAAAAAGUAAAUUCGCGCUGCUUCAAACUUUAUCGCGCUUGUUCAACUCGUUUUAUUCGUCAUAUGUUGGAAAUUUUCGUUUUGGAGUUGAAUACUAAAGGACCGUACUACAGUUCAGAAAAAGAAAAGAAAAGUUGUUGUCUUGUGUUCCCGUCCUCGACAAAACGUGAAAUUAGGAAGUUUCACGUUGUAGUCGUGCAACCACGGCUAAGAAAUGUACAAAAGUUAAAAAGCGUGAUGCACGUGCAGAGUUGCUGUUUUGCCAAUCUAAACCUAUUGUUUUUAUGCCAUUCUCGUUGGCGUCGCCUUCGUCUUUGCUUAUACUCUCUAUUAUAAUUUUAGAAGAAGCCUGAAAAAGUCAAUACCUGUGAAUACCGAGUGAACGCGUGACGAAGUCUUAAGAACGUCUGUAUGGGAGGUUGUGGAGCUGGCCUUUGGGUGUUAAAAUUUUGUGUUCAUUUUUUGUUUGUAGGAAGUUAUUAUAGAUGGUUAUAAAGUUCCCGCUGGCCACUAUGUUGGAUUUCUUACAAGAGCAGCUAACUGUGAUCCUAAGAUAUUCCCCGAGGCAGAAAAGUUUCUACCCGAACGAUGGGAUACUUGGUGAGCUAUUUUUUCUUAUUUCUGUUGGCAAAUAAUGGAGGCAGAAUCGCUGUGAAACCAAGUUUCGCGAGGGUUAUUGCGAGAUACGUAUUUCUAGUAUAUAUUUGUGAACUGUUCGAACAAACAGCACUCCGUGAUUGGACAGACAGUUCAAAAUAACUUCACACGUCUAACGUCACGCGCGCUCUUUACUACUUACUGCGCCAGUUUGAGGACGUUUAAUUCAUGGGCCAUUCUAUGAAGAAAGAACUUGUUUCUCACGCAUGGGGUGAUUUUCAAAGCCCCUGGAAAUUUUUGACAAUAUUGAAUUUAGCUAGUUCCUCUUGAACACUGCUCUAGUGUUAUUAAAGAAAGUUUCAUGUGCUUUUGUAAAAAGGUCCACGACGCCCUGGCCACGUUUUUCGCUUAAUUCCUGUAUUAAAUAUCAAAAAGGUCUGAUAGCACUUUGCUUGGGUCGUUAUAGUUAAUCCUUAGUAUAUCUAGAAAAUAGCAGCACAAUAUCUACCCGCUGGUUUGAAAAGUGACAGCGAAAUGGUCAAUUUGUAUCGCUGUUAAUCUUCAAGUCUGUUUACCUUCCGACCUUUUAGGUUCAUAUACAGUUGCGUUUUUUAGUAGGGGAGAGCAGUGGGGUGGGGGCCUGGAGAUUAGUGGGCGGGAGGGGUACGGUAGGCGGGAGAGGAAAAGGUGGAAGUGCAAGUCCUAAAAGGGUGGGAAGCGGGACAAAUAAGGGGAAAUUACGCAGCAAUGCUAACUAUUUCGCAAUGAAGAAGCCAAGAAAAAAGGGGCGGGAGCCCGGACUGCAUUGUAGGGGAGGUGGGAAACUUGAACCCCUCCCCCUUCCCACAGCCUGUUCCGUCCCCCUCCCCCGCUUCAUCAUCAUCAUCAUCACUUAUUUAUACACGGUAAAACAUCGUGCAAAUAUACAAUAUCCUAAAAAAUAGUCACAAACUAUUGAAUUUAUUUCAUUAACACUAACUGCACAAACAGUAUACAACAUACUAACUGAUUGUCUGCUUUUGUUUUCGUAGUAACCAGCUUGACAAGGACCGCGUAUGGACGUUUGGCUCUGGUCCCCGGAUGUGCGUUGGACAUAAAUUCAUACAUAAGAUUAUCAAGGUCAGUUUUUACUCGUGAGUACCUUUUGCAAAAGUUGCUUAUUGUAUGAUUCCUAACAAUUCCUUGCUAGCAAGAAAAUGGUGCAGGGGAGGAAUCAACGUUUUCCCCGUGUCUCUGACUUUGGUGCCUGGGCCAUGAGCAGCGAAAACAGCCAGGCCAUCACUGGUACGUGGAAUGACGUGAACAGCGACCCCAUCCAAACAGAUGACGUGAACUCCCCCCAUCUGGGUCAGGGUGGUUCUUCUGAUUGGCCUUGCGGCGAGAGAAAUUUACUUCAGCCAAUCAGAAGCACUAUCCCACAUCUGGGUAAUGGCACGUCAUCAGUAUGGAAUUUCUCUGCUCGUUCCUCAGGCGUCAUUUCGCGUGGCAUUGCGCAAUGUCGGCUGUGUUUUCAGGCUUCGACGCUUACGAUCCAGUGAAAUUCUUGUAAGCCGAAGCGGAAGUGGAAAAACUAAACAAAUCACAUGGCACGGGAACGAACAGUGUGAUUGUUGUAGCCGUUCGCUGCUCCUUCUGACUCCGACAACCUGGUUUUCACUAGUUCGUAAGCGAAAUCGGAACGCUAAAUCGGAAUCGGAACGGGAUCGCUGGUAACGCUCUCCGGCUGCCACUCCCUCUCUACCGGAAACCAGUCUGAAGCUUACAGUACUGUAAAAGACCGCUUAUACAUUUUUGUAGGGGGUUUUAGGAGGGCUUAUAAACGUAGGGUCCUUUAUCCGAGGGGGCUUAUAACGAGAAUAGAAAAAGCGCUUCAAAACAAGCUAUAGAAGUGCUGAUCAAAAUACGUUUUGCAUUUACUGGUUUUUAAUUAAGCGUCACAACGUCAUAAUACGUCAAAUUCAAGAAAAUAAAAGCUGGACGAAGGCUAACAAUCGGGUGUACGUUUUGUUGUUGUUGUUUACAGGUAGAUGGUCCUAUAUUUCGGCGGGUGGGAGGGGAUGGAAAGUCGAAAGGCUUCUUCCCUUGUGGGUUAAAGAAAUAGAGGUUGUAAAUCGGGCAGUAUAUGACUAAAUUCAUCAAAUUCAUCGAAAAGAUCUAACGGCUUAACCAAAUUCACAACACUGUCUAUACAUAGCCAUAGAAUGAAUCGAGCUUGCUUUUUAUUAUGUAUUUGCAGCUUCUCGCUAAACAUCUUCUUCAGUCGUUCGAGUGGGAAUUGGUGCCGAACCAAGAUCUGACGUACAAAUGGCUUCCUGUUUCACGCCCCAAGAACGACAUACAACUGAUUUUUACAAAGAUUGGAUUAUGAGCGGGGUUCAUUUUUAACAUUUCCAUUUCUGGAGGGAAGAGGAAGCAAAUGUCUCUUGAACUUGAAAUAAUAGUGUGUAAUGAUCAUUUAGAUCUAAAGAUAAGUGGUGAUAACAAUAAUGAUAGUGAUCAUGCGUAAUUAUAUAAUAAUUGCGGGCGACAAGAGGAGCGCGCAAUACUAAUCUCCAGGUUGUUAUUACGCAUGCGUCGCAUGUAUGUAGCCAGCAUUCGUUUGGACUUCCACUAAGAAUGAAUGGAAUGCACAUAACGCUAUUUGAUUACGCGUGUUUGAACCUUCGAUCACUCGUAAUCUGAUCACGCGUGUUUUGACCAUCUGUCUCACGUGAAAAGCGUUCGAGCAAAAGCGUUUUAACCUUCGAGCGUUGUCGCCUGCAUUCCGUAACCUUUGGUUAUUACUAGUUAUUAAUAAUGACAAAGUCCCUUUUAUGUAAACAAUUGACAUCAGUUCCAAAUACGAACACCAAUGACGCGUUUCUGCAGGUCAGUCUCAAUCAGCAUUUCAACUUAUAAUAAGGGUCCGACCAUUUGACUUUUGAGGGGGGCGGAGAGUAUGGGUGAUUUCAGAAAUAAAUAUCCUGCAGACUGAUUUCGAGGGAAAAAAAAUCGUGCAAGGUAAUACCUAGGGAAAAAAGUCUUGCACUGAAAAAAUAUCUUUCGUGGCCUAUAAUGCUGGGAAAAAAAUUUUACACUGUUGUGUGUCAGGAAAAAAUUCAAACUCCAGAGGUUUUGGAAGAAAGAAAUUCUUACCCAAACCAAAUCACCCAUACAAGCCACCCCCACCCCCUUCAGAAAUCAAAUGGUCUGCCCCCAGAAGGUUACCAUACUAUUGAGACCCUCGAUUAUUGCAACAUUGACUAAAAAAAUUAUAUUUGCAUUUUAUUCUUAUUAUAAUCAGAAAAAUAGAAGAAAGCGCGUCGAAACAAGCCAUAGCAGUGCUGAUCAAAAUAUGUUUUGCAUUUACUGUUUUUUAUUUUUUAUUUAAUAAAUCAAAUUCAUUUUUAGCGGCAUUUUACGGUAGGUCAUUGGGCGAAACUGUGUGUAACAGCUCAUGGGGUUGUAAAACAACUGGGUUUCAGUGUAUUUAAGGAUGAAAGUAUCAUCAGUAGCCCAAAUAGUGGUGGAUUUUAUUGAAGUUGCGGACGUCAGUCUGGUCGAAAAAGGUUCCUUCUAAAAGUGGAUUUAUAUUUAUUUGAUGGCCGCAAAAACAGCUACAGACAUAUAUCACAGUCAAUAAUACACCUCACUGAAUACCCUCGUCGUAACUAUAUCAAAUAAUUAUUUAAUGUCUUUACGCUUUUAUUUUUUUAAAAUGUAUUUUUAAUGAGUGUUUUUCUCGAACUGUUUCGAACACGUUGUCUUCUACAGUUAAAAACUACUGCCUUUGUUCGGAAUUGUAAUCAGAUGGUAUAAUUUGCCAGUUUAAUUUUUAUCAGUUAUUUGAAUUCAAUAGCGGUUAAGAUCAUGGUCCAGUUGCUCGAAAGGUUGAUAGUGCUAUCCAGUGGAUAAAUCUCUCUCCAGAGGAUAAUGCAGUUGGUUUCCCUAAUACUUAUCCACC